AUGAGCACCUCCGCAUUCAUCGAAAGCCUACGAACGGCGGUUCAGAGGUUUGACGCCGAGCCCCUCCUGGCUUUACCAGACGGAACAAUCGUCAAUCUAGCCAAUGGCUACAUUCCGCUGCUCGCCCGAUACACCUUUGAAGACAAAGCCGCCAAGGGUCUUCGGAAGCGCAGAGCCGGAGACAAGCUGGAAAACCCGAUCCACUUCUCUGCCUUGGAGCUGGUUCGCGACACUCGUGUCUUGCUCUUGACGGGACCGAGUGGAAGUGGCAAGACGACCUUUGCUAAGCAUCUUUGCUCCCGCUUAGCUUCCAAGGGCUUCAACGAUUCUCGACCGCUGGUGCGAAACGACUUGGGCGAUAUUAGAGAAGAGUGCUGGGAUUCCCGUCCGCUGUUCCCAUGCUACUUUGCACUAGAUGGCAUCGAGGAUCUCAAGACAUUGGCUGAUUCCACGCUUUCACAACUCCUUGGCGCCUGCGAUCCUCAAAAUGAGGAUCUUCUGAUCGUCUUGGACGAUGUACAGAAUGCGGGAGACGAAGCGACUACUCUUCUAUCAAAGAUUCUACUUCUGCUCCGAGGGCGACCCAACAUCAGACUGCUCUUGCUCGGCGACACAGAUAUCCUAGGCCAUUGGAGGUUUCCCGCAGAGGUCGUCCGACAUGAUCUCCUACCAUUGUUGAAGUCUCAACGACGGCAGGCAGUCUGUGCUCAUUUGGACUUGGAACCGUCAACUCUCGUCACAAUUGGCACCGGUACCGCCGCAUCGACUCCAGCUUUGUUCGCCCUUGCGGUGCAAGCCUACCAUGUUGGAAAUUCCGCCGAGGAGCUGCUUGAUACGUGGCUUUCAUCUACCCAUCCAGAGCCAGGUGUCGCACAGCUAAUGGCAGAAAGAGCAUACAAGCUAGUUACCCACGACACCUCACCUGGGAGUCUGACUGCGGUACCAUCGACCACGACGCAAGACAACCCGGCGCUAGGAAGCCCUGUGGUUCAACGGCUGCUCGCUGCAAAGCACCUAGCUGGUCUUGAAUCGCAGGUUGCUGUCGACCUGUUUCAUCGCCAACGUCAAGUCUCCCAUUACAUUCUUAGGAGCUGCUUGUUGCGUCUGAUCUCUCUUCAAAAAUCGACUGCACUGAUUGAUGGGCUCCUCAAAGGUACCCCAGCUGACGCUCAGCGUGCUGCUUUACUCGUGGCUGGUCUCAUCCCGGUAUCUGCCGAGGUCGAGAGGAAGGUGAGGAGUCUGGUUCUGGAAAUCGUCGAGAACGGAAACUUGUCGGCUGGCGAGCGCAAGAAGGCCGGUCGCAUACUGUCAACGUAUGGCGACCCACGAGAUCUGGCUGGACUCGCAGAUGUUCCCGCCGGAAUCUUUGUGAUGGGAUCCGAAAGUCAUCCCAAUUCGCAGCCUUUGGCAAAGGUUUCACUCAAAACGUUUCGCAUCGGUCUCUAUCCCGUCAUUAACAAAGACUACCAUGCCUUUGUUCAGGAAACCGGCCGCAAUUGGGCAAGCCCCGAUGGCGCGGACCUGGAGAGGUCCAAUGCGCCCGCCACUGAUCUUACGUGGCAUGACGCGAGAGCUUAUUGCCAGUGGCUUACAAGACGAUGGCGAGAGGAGAACAAGAUCAGUUCACGGGAGCACGUGAGACUUCCAACGGAGCCAGAAUGGGAGCGCGCAGCGAGAGGUGAUCAACAAGAGUCGGAUACUGAAGGGUUGGUUUUCCCUUGGGGUACGCAUUGGCAGGAAGAUGCUGCCAACAGCGAUGAAACUGGAUUCAAUACGACCUGUGCAGUUGGCCUAUUUCCCAAGGGCCGUUCGCCGUAUGGGUGCUACGACAUGGCGGGACAUGUUUGGGAAUGGUGCUCGACUCUCUGGGGCGAGGAUAUGGCGACGCCGGCUUUCCAGUAUCCAUGGCGUGAUGAUGGACGAGAGUCCCCAGACGACCCGGAUCAUAUUCGAAGGGUGCUGCGAGGCGGGUGCUUCUCGAGUCCAAAGUUGAAGGCGAAUUGUACGUAUCGGGGCAGCCUUGAGCCAUCGGGAUUCUGGAGGGGAAACGGAUUUCGCGUUGUUGUUGCUCCGGUAGACUCAUGGACUUGA